UCCAAAAGUUGGAGCGAGAAGUUUAGGUCUCCAUUCCUUGGGUUACAGUUAAAGUCAGUUCUUUGGUCAUUGGGCUUCAGUUCACUUCAGUUGUCAUUUGAGGACAUUUUUUUUUUUUAAUUUAUUUAUUUUUUUUUCUUAAGUCGGAAAUCGGUCUCUGAUCUUCAGUCCAAGUCAGGUAUCAAGUCUAAGCGACGUCUCAGAUCUUUGAGCUUCAGUCCAAGACACGUCUCAAAUCUUUUCGGUUGGAAUGCAUUAAUUCUCUGGUUGUUUGACCAUAAAGUAGGGUACACGCAUACCAAUAAGCAGGGCGAGUUUGAGCAUUUUCACCCCCUUCCAAUAUAUGUCAGCAAAUCUCGGGUUAUUAGAUGUCUCCAAAAGAUCGACUGGAGAUAUGGUUAUGUACUUGUACGUGGCGUGCUGUGUUAGUCAUCUCACUUACACAACACACUAUGAAAACAGUAAGAACACUUGAAACAAUAUGACAUACAGUAGCUGAAACAUGAGGCAACUAAGAGUAUCCCCUAGUUAAGUCAUAUUUGGUGGUGGAAUGAACAGUUUUAGACUGUUCAUCUCGAAGAAGUAAGUGUGGAUAGAAUAGUAUCAAAAAGAGAUCAUCUGAAAGGUUUUUCAUGUCUGGAUGUAGCUAUUGCAUUAAUGUCAUCACAAAGUGUCCAUUCAUGUCUGUGGCAGGGAGGCUCCUCACACGCCCCCAUCUGUCACAGUCUUCUGUGCUAUCUCUCAUUCAUUAGCUCUGACUGACGCUUCUAAUAAGUGCAUCUAUUUCCUCUCCCGGAUCGUUAUUUUUUUUUUUAUAGUCCGCUUUCCUCUGUGACUCAAUCACUUCAUUGUUGAAAUAACUCCCUCCUGUAAAGGCUGCAGUUAUCAUUUCCUCGUCUCGCUGUCAGGUUGCUUUUUAAUCUUAGUUAGCCGUCUUGACAAACGGGCGCCUCCACCUGACGUCCGACUGGAGCUGUGUGCCAACUGCAAACUCACUUCCAUCACUGCUGAUCUGCUCAGAGCUUUGACAGUCCACACUGGGCUCCCAUGGUAACGUUUAACUCUGUGCCGUGUCUGCCGUUUGACUUGCAACACAAAAUACUCGCCGGAUGACUGGCUUCUUUGUUUAAAUAUCUCACACGGAACAAACAGCAUGUAGCAGACAGCUGUGAAACAAACCAUGAUAUAGUUUGUUUCCUUCGUGUAUAGAGAUGAGGAGCAGAUGUGGUCUCAUUAUCAACAAACAGUGACCAGACAGCAGCAGAGAACCAUAAUCAAACACUAGUAUGCAUAAACAAGUGCAGGAUGGUGUUACCCGCGUUACCCACUUGUGCGCUAUGCUGACCAAUUUCUAAUCUAAUUUAAAUGUAUUUUAUUCAAUUUAAUUUAAUAUGAUUUUAUUUCUGCACCACAUGUCUGCAUCUUAUCCCUGGUGACUUUGGGUGAGAGGCAGUGUACACCCUGGACUGGUCGGUCACCAGUCAGUAGCAGGGCACGUGUACAAACAUCCAGUCUUCAAUCAACAGAACAUGCAUUGUUUUUGGAAUGUGGGAGAAAGCUGGAGUGCCCAAAUACGUAAAACCUACGCAAGCACAGGGAGAACAUGCAAAGCCCGCACAGGACAGACAGAGGUCCUUUCUCUCUCUCUCUCAAAAUGAACCCUGUCUGUUUGGCAGCAAGUUGGGGUAGUGGUGAGCAUGUCAGGUCGUGGGUUCAAAACGGCCCUCUUGUGGGUAAAGUUCAAUCUGGCUUCUUCCCACAUUCCAGAAACGUGCAUUUUAGGUUCAGUGAAGACUCUAAAUUGCCCAUUAGAGUUAGUGCGUGCGUGCGCGCAAUAAUAUUCAAUGUGAGCUUCUCUCCUCUGCUGACAGCUGUCUCAGCUGGUCGUCUAACCAAAGCCCGCAAAACCCUUUUGAAUGUGUUUUUUUCCCCUCAUUUUGUUCCAUCUAAAAAGAGCAGUCUUGACAGUUUGUACAUAACAUGCAUUGUUACACGUGGGCUUACUCACAUGAGUCGAUGAGUUUGUGCUGUAAAUAAAGCAUUAACCAUUUAGAUGCAAAUACAUCAGCGUGUGAGCAAAGCGUGAAGCAUGCUCUUUGAGAUGUACAGAAGGUACUUUGUACUCCUAUAGUUUUUGUGUUUAUCAGCAUGUGCCUAUUGUUUGUUCCCCUCACUAUAAUUCUCCAGCCGUGGAAUUGAGAUGCAGCACAGCAGAGUGGCUGAGAUGCACAUGAAUUAUGAAGAUGAUGGAUAGCAAGCUUUCCAACAAACGCUGCUAACCGUUGUCUUCCUGCUCCAUUGCUUUUUCUUUAUCCCCAAAUGGGGAUUCAGUACAAAAAGCUCAUACAUGUUAUGUUGUCACACUUGAUGACACUACAGGUGCAAAUUAAAAUGACUUUCAAACCAUAUGUUGUGAUAUACACGGUUUGAAUAAAAAACUAGGGGCUGAGCUGACUUUUUAAAUUUUGAAUUAUUUAAUCAUUUCAGCCCAUAAACCUGAAAAAAUUAUUCAGAUAAAAUAAAUGAAAAAAAACCCCAGUAAAAUUGGAGGCAGGGGAAACACAGCGUACUAGUGGUUAACAUGUUUGUCUUACAGUUGUGAGGUUCAGGGUUCAAAUCCUGGCUCAGGCCCGUUCACCCCUUGCUCGCCCACAUUCCAGAAACAGACGUUUAAUUUAAACAAAAUAAAUAAACAAAAAUUGUAUAUUUGAAUUGUUUAAAAAUGAAUUUAAGUACGUUAGAUUCCGUGAUCGUCAAAUGACAAUGUUUACAAGCAAUACUGCAGGCCAUUUACACCCAGCAUAAUGUUAUUACAAAGGAUGGAUGUACAAGUUUUUAUCCUUUUAUAAAGCAAAUAAUAGUGCCAGAUUAAAUUAACAAUAUUUUUAGUAUAGUACACGGAUGGUGAAGAACCACACUGUGUCGUGUAUUUUUUUCAUUAUUAUGUAGUCACGUUGGGGUAAAACCUCUCUUGACAUUUGAUACAGCUCUUCUGUAUUUGAUCUAAUUCGAUUUUGGGAGGUGAACCUAAUGUUGUGUCUAGUGAGUGUACACGUGAGCAUAAACAAAAACAGCUGCUUCAUAUGCGCUGUAUUUGUUGGGAAUGUGGAGCAGAACCCUGGUUUAAUCUCAGUGCUGCUGUAUCAGAUGGGGGAUGAAAUCUCAGUCGUCCAUCUCUCACACAUAAACAACGCCAUGCAUGAGCCAUUAGAAGCCAGUGUGCGUAAUAUUUCUAAAAGGAGAAAAAGGCCAUGUCUCCUGUCUGAAUUUUUCAUCCCCACCCUUUCUGUCUUUGUACAAACUAAUAAAUAAGCAAUGAAUCCCGAAGACAAAAAACUGAAUGGACUUGAUUUUAUGUCCUCCCUGGCCAGUACCGGCACAUUUUCUCCAUAUUUCUUCCUCACUCCGUGAGACCUCGUUCCUCUUGCUGUUUUAAAAGCUAAAUCUUUCACCGCACUCCCCUUCCUCCACUUACCCAAUGAACCGUGGUGAACAUCUCCAGGCCCAAAUGUGUGUUGUAAAAUUCUAGGCUCCUGUGUGUGUGUGUGUCUUGCACACUACUGAACUUGACCUUUUGCUUUGUUAAUCCGCCAGUGAUUUAGCUUUAGAGCGCCCGGUGGCGGUGAAUCAGUCUGAGAGGCAUGGCUGUAGAUUACCACAUGAAGUGUGGCUUUCUGAUAAUGCAACAUUCUUCUUAUUGGAGAGUGACGGGGACCUGGAGAGGCCAAAGGGAGAGGGACUCGAGCGUCAGAAUCAUUUGAAUUGGUAAUUUGUUGCCCUCUGGUGGUUGCAUCAAAAAGGACUGUUUCAUCCAGUAUGUUUGUGGCCAGUUAUUUAAUCUACUUCUUUAUAUAUCCAAUAUGCUGCUUGAUUCUGAAUGUAUUCCAUUUCAGGCAGUGCAAUUUGUUGUAUUCAGUAAACAUUUACUUUUCUCGGCCGCCGUAGUAGGCGAAGUCGACAAAGGUCCGCCUCUCGAGUUUUGACAACCAAUCACAUUUAAGUGUGACAACAACCCGCCAGGCGGGAACUUCCGGUUCCUCUCUGUGCAACGGCUGUCGUCUGCAGUGCAAACAAACUACUAACGUCUAGUAAAUAUGAAUUUAGAACAACCGUCUGAAGAUAUUGCGGAACAAAAUAAGUCAACAAGCCCAAUUUCUACACCAGAAGGGAAUGACCUAAAGAGAAGACCGCUGAAAAGAACUCCGUUUUCAAAGUUAAGGAAAGUACACGCUAACUUCAAAUCACCGGGUCAAGCAACCAGGACUUGUAAAGUGAGUCCUGACGAAGAGGCGGAGGAGCUGGAGAGGAGGCGAAUGCAGCUGGAUGCUGACAUUGCACAGCUGGAGUUGGAAGGAUACAAAGUGGAGGAGCUGGAUUAUCACAUUGAUAUGUUGCAUGAGUACAAUGACAUCAAGGACAUUGGACAGUCUCUCCUGGGCAGAAUAGCUGCUCUACGUGGGACCACCACACGAGACCUCUACAGCCACUUCAGUCUGGAACUGGGGGACUAACAGUAAAAAGAACCAUUUUGAAAAUGUUUGUAAAGUGGAGCCCACUGUCAGCUUUAAUUUGUUGGACAUUUAUCUAAACAAGAGUGUAUGAGAACACAGUUACUUGCCUGACAUGUUUAUUAUUUAUAUAAAAAAAAAAAUGUUAAAUAACA